AGCAAAACUUAAAACCGCAAGUUGACACUGCAAGCUGCAAUUGCACGGUGAGCUGCAGCCAUGGCAGAAGGCAAGACUGGAGGUGCCGGACUCUUUGCCAAGCAGGUCCAGAAGCGAUUCAGCCGUGCCCAGGAGAAGGUUUUGCAGAAACUGGGCAAAACAGUGGAAACUAAAGAUGAGCAGUUUGAACAAAGUGCUUACAACUUCCAGCUGCAGCAGAAUGAAGGCAACAAGCUCUACAAGGACCUGAAGACUUUCUUAAAUGCUGUGAAAGUGAUGCACGAAAGCUCCAAGAAAGUGGCAGAAACCCUGCAAGAAAUUUAUAGCGUGGACUGGGAUGGACACGAGGACUUGAAGGCUAUCGCUGAGAGUAACAACCUCCUGUGGGAAGAUUACGAGGAAAAACUUGCCGACCAGGCAGUGAGGCUGAUGGAGAAUUACCUGGCUCAGUUCAGUGAAAUCAAGGAGCGCAUUGCCAAGCGGGGGCGGAAGAUGGUGGACUAUGACAGUGCCAGGCAUCACCUGGAGGCACUGCAGAAUGCCAAGAAGAAAGAUGAAGCCAAGAUCGCCAAGGCUGAAGAGGAGUUCAACAAGGCUCAGACUGUGUUUGAGGAUCUUAACAAGGAACUUCGAGAAGAGCUGCCUGUUCUCUAUGGCAGCCGGAUUGCUUGCUACGUGACCAUCUUCCAGAACAUUUCCAAUUUAAGAGACAUCUUCUACAAGGAAAUGAGCAAGCUGAACCAUGACCUCUACGACGUGAUGGGCAAGCUGGAAAAGCAGCACUCCAGCAAGGUCUUCAUCAUCAAGGGAGUGUCAAGUAACAGGCGCUCGCUCGUCAUCUCCUCUCCCGUGAGCCCUCCUGUUUCAUUCAUGUCCCUGGGAAACACUGUAGAUGGGAUCCCAAAGACUCCUCUUGGUGGUUUAUCAGGCAACAAGAGAGAAUCCAUGUCCUCUGUGGGCAGUGAAGUCCAGGCUGAGAUGCCUUUAUCUCCUCCUGCCGAGUUAUCACGUAGCAAGAGAGAAUCCACAUCAGCAGCAGAGGUGGAAUCUGUGUCCUCUAGCGGCAGCGAGGUCCAGGCUGAGAUACACCAGGACACAGCAGAAAACGGAGGUAACGAGAAAGAGUCCACACUGGCAGCAGACGUGGAGGCCGCGUCCUCUAGCGGCAGCGAGGUCCAGGCUGAGAUACACCAGGACACAGCAGAAAACGGAGGUAACGAGAAAGAGUCCACGCUGGCAGCAGACGUGGAGGCCGUGUCCUCUAGCGGCAGUGAGGUUCAGGCUGAGAUACACCAUGACACGGCAGAAGACGGAGGUAACGAGAAAGAGUCCACGCUGGCAGCAGACGUGGAGGCCGUGUCCUCUAGCAGCAGCAAGGUCCAGGCUGAGAUACCUCUGUCUCCUCCCACUGUACCAUCGUGUAAGCAGAGGGAAUCCACAUCAGCAGAAGAGGUGGAGGCCGUGUCCUCCAGCAGCAGCAGCGAGGUCCAGGCUGAGAUACCUCCAUCUCCUCCCGCUGUACCACCACGUAACCAGAGGGAGUCAGCAUCAGCAACAGAGGUGGAGGCCGUGUCCUCCAGCAGCAGCAGCGAGGUCCAGGCUGAGAUACCUCCGUCUCCUCCCGCUGUACCACCGCGUAACCAGAGGGAAUCCACAUCAGCAGCAGAGCUGGAGUUCACGUCUUCUGGUGCCAGCAAAACCCAAGAUGAAAACCAAUCACACAAAGCCACCAGAGCUCCAGAAAGGCUGCUCCAGGGAGUUGAAGACCUUGCAGCAGCCAUGGUUGCCACCAUCUUAUCCGAAGCUGUAGCUGAGGCUGUGGGGAAAGCUGAAAAGCUGCCUCCCGCUGACGUAGCCCCAGCUCUUGAAAGCCCCGAGUCCAGCACUUGUGAGUUGGAAGGGAUAGGUGAAUGCUUAGCCCUCCAAGACAGCAAUGAAACCUCAUCUCCUCAAGACCCCUCGGCCUCUGAACUGAGAAAAGAGGCUGGGCAUUUGGAAGAUGCCCAACACCAAGUGACCAACAAGGCGUUGGGUCAGCCAGUGAAUCAGACAGCCUGCGGCGAGGGCUCGGUUUGCCUUGAAAAUGCCGUGAAUGCUCCCAGCGAAGAUACUCCACCUCCCAGCACCAGUGACUCCCAUCUGCUGAAAGCAGAGGGACCCGCUGAUGGCAGCCAGCCUUGGCAGAUGCCAGACAUCAAGCGGGAGGCUUGUCCAUCCAGCAGGGAGGCUGAGGUUUGCAGCAGCAGUGAGGGGACAGAUGAAGAACUCAAUGUUUCCUCACAGGUUGUGCUUGCUUUCACCCCUGAUGGCAAAACAAGCAGUGGCGGCAGUGAGCUGCCUUCAGGCUUCCUGUUCAAGGCUCAAGCCAUCCGAGCUCACACAUCGGGUGACGAGAACCACCUGCAGUUCGGGGAAGGUGAGAUCAUUCUGGUGGUGUCGGACUCGCAGGCCCAGGAGGAAGGAUGGUUGAUGGGCUUCAAGGAGAGUGACUGGAACAAGAACCCUGGACAAGUACAGAGAAGAACUUUUCCCCGGGACGUCAUCAAACCGGUUUCCUCGGACUGAGUCCAGUGCAGCAGCGUUGGUUAGGGUACAGCAGGAAGUGGGACCUUCUUAUGCAUCUUACAGCACGUAACAUUAUGCCACCGUACCAAAGAUAGCAUUGCCACACACAGCAACUUCAGACCAUCCAACUGAUACCGGGGUGGGGGGGCGGGGGGUGAGACUCUGUCUCUCAAUAAGAGAUGAAGAGCAGGUUGGAAUUCAUGGGGCUGGUGUGACGACGAACAAGCUCGGGUACAAGUCUGGGGGACCCAUUACCAGCGCCCUUAAAAAUCAACUGAAAUGUCAAUCCCCAGUGCUGUCAAUAGGAAGGAAUUUGCCGUCACAAGAGAUUUGGGAAAAUAAACAGAAGCAGUGGUUGAAAACACUGGCACAAGGAGCAUUUGAUUCCUUGUUGUUCAAAACACCCCUGAGUUUUGGCUCAAGCGCAGGACACGCAUGGUUAACAUUAAAUGACACCAGGUGAAGUAUAUGGGGUUACUCACCGGCUUAGUUUUAAGCACAUUGGCUUCAGUGCUUUGCUGGUUUCAGGGCCUUUCGUAUAUUAGAGUACAGCUUCAGUGACGUCUCCUCUUUGCAAGCCAGGUCAGCCCAUGGCUCUUGGUGAGGACUCGUGGAGUUGAGACUUGCUCAGACCUCUGUGGCUGAGAAUCCAGGUCUGAUUUUCUGGCCGUGCUGCAGGGCAUACAGGUCAUUCGGGCCAAAUACACAAGAGAUCUGCUCUCGUUUCUCAGCUCCACCACGACCUUCUCUCUGCUGCAUGCCAGUUUAGCUGUGACCGAAUCCAAUGCGUGUGAUAAGGGCUGGUUCCUAGUGAGUGGCCUUGACGUCUUGUAGCUCUGGGAAGGAGCACCAAGAAGAGAUGGUACUAAACCCACAGUGGCCUCCUGCUGGGUGCAUUUUCACCCUGAUUUUCACUCCCUGAUUUAUUAAUAAAGAUGCCAAGCUAAAUCCC